AAAGAAUGAUUCAUAAAUGAAUCAGGCUCCCGAGCUGGAGUAUGCUCACAGUCUCCAGCACAGCUCCAUGGUAGAAGAAGAUUUAUAGACAGAAAGUGAAAAGUGAUGUACAGAAAAUGGAACUGAGGUACAGAAACAGCUGGAUUGGUUACAGCUCAGUGUUUGCCUUAUUUGAACGCGGUUUGAACACUUGGUCCCCUUUGAUUGGCCAAAACUCGGCGAUUGACACAGGAGUAGGUUACAGUCUGUUUACGCCUCCUUCUAGGUUAUAGUUCACUAUGAACAGAGAAACCUUUAGGUUGGGCUUAAAGUAUUUAAGGAGGCAGCUUUAAGCUAAAUUUGAUUUAACACCAUUAAGAAUGACAGAGCCUCCAUUUAGAAGAGCCUCCAUUUAGAUUUCAUUAUGAAUCAAAUGAAAAGUGAUUCAUAGUCAAUUAGUUAUACUUAAAAUAACUUUUGGAUUCCUCUUAGGUCCCUGAUUUGGAGGGUUUAUUCGUUCAUUCAGUCCAUGUUUCUGAGCACCUGCUAUGUGCCAGGCACUGAGAGAAGCCCUUGGGUGUACAGCAGUGAACUAGGAAGGCAAGGACACUGCUCUUAGGCAGAGAACUUCAGGGAGAGUGCCAAGAAGAAAAGAAAAGAAGGCAGCAUUAGAGAAACAGAGUGGAGAUUCCAGCUUAGAUGGUGACCAGGAAGGACAUCUUCCUCAAGGAGGUGACAUUUGAGCUGGUAUUCAAGUACCAAGAGGUCACCAGCAGCAGCCAUGUGGACAUCUAAGCAGUCUCCAGUCAGAGGGAAGAAGAGAAGGACCCACCCAGGCAGGCGUGAGCAGAGGGCAGGUCAGCCCACCUGCUGGCUGGUGAGGACUCGGCGGAAACAGGAGGGGGUCGCAUGUGGACCACGAGGCCGCCGCUGCAGCGGUUCCCAAAAUGGCGGCUUGGAGAGACGCGCGCAGAUUCUGGAGGCAGCGGAUGGGAUGUCAAGGAUGACCAGGAGAGAGACUAAGGAUGCCUCCUGGGUAUGAGUGAGUUUACUACAUUAAGAAGAACGGAGCUGGAAGUUUCUCUAGCUUAGAAUAAAGAAUGUCUCCUCCAUCUUAGGGAUAGGAGGGACCCCAGCCGUCUCCUGGCCCCGGCCCCCGCCAGCAUCGGAAAUCUCCACAGAGUGUCCAGAGCUGCGGCGAGCUUGCCCGCCUGGAGCAUCUCCAGUGUGGAGCAACUCCAGCGAAACAUGGGCUGAGGCUUCAUCUUCGAAACCCCUACUCCUUCACCCCCAUGCUGGAAGAGGGUGCAGGCAGCAAGGUGCCCAGGUGCCUUCUGCUGGGCACAGACAUGGCAGAAAACAAGAAGCAGAUCGCCCAGUUCUCCCAGAAGGAUGCCCAGGCCUUUCCCAAAUAUGAGGAGUUCAUGCAUCGCUUGGCAUUAGCCAUUGACCCUCUGCUGGAUGCGGCCCCCGUGGACAUUGCGGCCUUCCAGCAUGGCUCCUUGCUGCAAAGGAUGAGAUCGCUCUCCACCCUCAAGCCCCUGCUGAAGGCAGGCCGCAUCCUGGGAGCCCAGCUUCCCCGAUAUUAUGAGGUCCUCACAGCUCCCAUUACCAAGGUGCUGGAUCAGUGGUUCGAGUCUGAGCCUUUAAAAGCCACUCUAGCCACAGAUGCAGUGAUUGGAGCCAUGACAAGUCCCCACACUCCAGGGAGUGGGUAUGUGCUGCUGCAUCAUGUGAUGGGGGGCCUGGAGGGAAUGCAGGGGGCCUGGGGCUAUGUCCAGGGGGGCAUGGGUGCCCUCUCUGAUGCCAUCGCAAGCUCAGCCACCACACAUGGAGCAAGCAUCUUCACUGAAAAGGUGAAUGGCUCCUCUACCCCACCCCAAUUAUUGACAGUGGCGAAGGUGCAGGUGAACAGUGAAGGCUGUGUUCAAGGAGUUGUGCUGGAAGAUGGCACAGAGGUGAGAAGCAAAAUGGUGCUGUCCAACACAUCACCGCAGAUCACCUUCCUGAAGCUGACGCCACAGGAUGAAGAGGAUUUCCGGAGGGAGCGACUGAGGGAUCUUCCUGAGCGAAGAAAGAAGGCAGCUUCCUUGGGGCCUUGGACAUCUGAGGCCUUUCAUGGAGACUUCUCCUUCCAGGAGUGGCUUCCUGAGGAGUUCCUGGAGAGAAUCUCUCAGCUGGACACCCGGUCGCCUGUCACCAAGAUCAAUGUGGCCGUAGACAGGCUGCCCAGCUUCCUGGCGGCCCCCAGUGCUCCCAGGGGCCAGCCGCUGCCCCAUCACCAAUGCUCCAUCCACCUGAACUGUGAAGACACCCUCCUCCUUCAUCAGGCCUUUGAAGAUGCCAUGGAUGGCCUGCCUUCCCACAGGCCUGUGAUUGAGCUCUGCAUCCCUUCCUCGCUGGACCCCACCCUGGCUCCCCCUGGCUGCCAUGUAGUCUCCCUCUUCACUCAGUACACGCCCUAUACGCUGGCUGGAGGCAAGGCCUGGGACGAGCAGGAGAGAGACGCUUAUGCAGACAGAGUGUUCGAUUGCAUCGAGGUCUAUGCCCCUGGCUUCAAGGACUCUGUGGUUGGCAGAGACAUCCUCACACCACCAGAUUUGGAGAGAAUCUUCGGGCUUCCUGGAGGGAACAUAUUCCACUGCGCCAUGUCCCUGGACCAGCUCUACUUCGCCCGCCCCGUGCCCCUGCAUUCUGGCUACCGCUGCCCUUUCCAGGGCCUGUAUCUCUGUGGAAGUGGGGCUCAUCCUGGAGGAGGUGUGAUGGGAGCUGCUGGGCGAAAUGCAGCGCAUGUGGCCUUUAGGGACCUCAAGAGCAUGUGACCCUGAACCAGCUCUGACCCAGGAAGAAGACUCCACCCCUGAAUUCCAAGUGCUCCAUUGGAUCAGCUUCCCAGGAAGUUCAGCUUCGGGUUAGUACGUAAGGCCACCACAAUGCUCAAGAAAUUAUUUUAGAAAAAACGUACGAGUUACGUUUAGUGCAAGUUGACCUUAUGCCCAUGCCUCCAUACAUGGACUGGUUCUGUUUUAUUAAAACUAAUAUUUCAUACAGAUUA